CGCUCUGUGAUUUCACGCACUCAUUGCGUAGGCGGAUCGUCCAUCUGCACGUCGACCACGUCAGCCUGGACAGUAUCAAUAUCGGCGAAAUAGACGCGUGAUGGGAGCACUGCCAUACCUGCGCUUAUUAUUGUGAAGUUGCUUCGGCAGUCUGCUCUUCGCAACCGGCGUUGUACCCAACCUCUGCUGAACCUGCGCUUGCUACUUUGCUACGCCGGCUUAUAGCAUUCCAACAUGGCUCUGAGCAGACCUAGGAGGCUUUUCAUGGGCCAACCCUAUGGUUUCAUCCAGCAUGUGGUACAGAUUAUGUGGGUUGGACUGAUCUCAUUCAACGAAAUGGGAGCUUUUCGAAACCGUGUUUCGAAGUGUGCAUGGCCGGACGCUAGCCUGGAACUCUCGUCCCCGGACGGUCUCCAAAUGCCUACCCACGUCCUGGUACUUGCAGACCCACAAAUUCUAGAUUCACAAUCCUACCCAGGGAGACUCCCGUUGCUCUUAUGGUUGACCCGGGUGUUGGUCGACGGCUACCUCCGCAAGAGCUGGAAUGCAGCAAUGAGACUAAAGCCGGACAUGGUGAUAUUUCUCGGCGACAUGAUGGAUGGCGGGCGGUACGCCCUGUCCGAUGAGCAGUACGAGGAGUACUAUCAGCGCUUCCGGCGAAUCUUCAGAACGGAUCCCGCGCAUUCGCUGCCCACAUACUAUAUACCAGGGAAUCAUGACGUUGGUCUAGGGCAAUCAUCAAGAUCCUCAGACCGUGCUGUGGCACGAUACACGUCCCACUUCGGACCGCUGAACCAGGUUGUCGAAGUAGGACAGCAUACUUUCAUACUCGUUGAUGCCCCUGGGCUAGUCGAGGAAGAAGUCCAGCGUGCUCGCAGUGGUCACCUGUAUGACGGAUGGGCUGAACGAAACCCCAGUGGGACUAUUGCCUUCGUUCACGACCUGGCUUCAAGACGAACAGGUCAAAACGUUCUCUUCACUCACAUACCUCUAGCACGUCCGGAAGGCGCAGCUUGCGGGCCAUUCCGUGAACAUGAUACUAUACGUGAGGGCUGGGGUAGCGGCUACCAGAACACGCUCUCUGCGCAGACUUCACAAUUCCUCCUGCAAAAUACACAACCCUUGCUCGCCAUGAGUGGAGAUGAUCACGAUUACUGCGAGUUCUGGCACACGUACGGCACACCAGACGACUUCACCGGCAGCCCUACAAAGUCUGUUAUGGAAGUGACCGUCAAGUCCUUCUCAAUGGUCAUGGGUGUCCGUAAUCCCGGCUUUCAGCUCCUCUCGCUCUCGCCUAUUCGAAGCACAGGGGAGACACUAGCCACAUCGCCUUGCCUGCUACCUGAUCAGCUCGGGACCUACUUGUCUAUAUACCUCCCGGCGCUACUCCUGAGCGUGCUCGUCCUCAUGGUCUCGAACGUCCACCGUGUGCGCACAAACAACCGCUGGACAGAACAUGUGCCUAUUCCUGAGUGCAUGCAGUGGAUGCGCUUCGAGCGUACUAUAGUGAUCCGCGGGCGGGCACUGCGAGUCGUGUUCCCUUUCCAAAGUGCUAAGAUUCCGCGAGCGGACGACAGUCUGACCGACAUCAAAAGCGAUUGGAAAGACGGGCAUCCUUAUCCUGGUGUGUGGCGGGGCUUCCUCGGAGACGUGGUGGGAGUAGCCUGGUGGCCAGUGUUGACGUUCGCGGGCAUCGUCUGGUGGGCGACUUAGCUUUAAUAUUGUUGUGUUGUUGCGCUUUCAUGUCUGUACAACUUCAGGGGCUGUACAUCUUACUUUAAACUUAUGUGCUCAUUUGCAGCUCAGUGACUAGACACUCGAACACGAUGUAGGCCG